AUGAUAGAAACCGGUUCUAAAAAGAGGAUUUUUAGAAUUGGUAAAAACCUCUGCCGUGUCCGUUUUUUAUUAGCUCCUCCUCUCCUUUUCUCUCUCUGCUCUUUUUCGUCUCUUUCUCUUUAUCGCGGUGCUUCCUGGCGACGACGUCGGAAACGAAGUCUUCCCGUCGCCGUUGACGCUCUUCCUCUAGCUGGAUCUCUCGAAGGUUCUGUAUCAGGAUUAGAUUUGAAUUUCGAGGAGCUGCCUAUAGGAGGUGUUGCUUUGGAUCUCGUCCGAAUUUCUCUAUCAGAGGAAACAUUGACAAAGGCAAAGAAUUCAGAUGUUGUUCUCCUCGGAGCUAUUGGAUGGUACAAACUCAUCACUGUCUUCCCUCAGUUGGUUGAUUCGACUUAUGAUCAUCCGCGAGCUUACCAGAGUCCAUCUGGGAAGCUGGUUCAGAUAGAACAUGCUCUAACAGCUGUUGGAUCAGGCCAAACAUCUUUGGAAAUCAAAGCUUCAAACGUAGUUGUCAUUGCAACUGAGAAGAAACUUCCUUCCAUUCUGGUUGAUGAAGCUUCUGUUCAAAAGAUUCAGCAUUUUAGUUCCAACAUUGGAGUUGUUUACAUGUUCUCCUCCUCAAGAUCUCUUUUAAUUACAAAUUUCUCACCAUGUCCAAGGAAACAACUAUUAUGGCUAUGGUCGGAAGUAAACGAAAUGGACGUGGCCGUGGCUGAGGUUCCUCUGGCCGCGGAUGAGGUAAUCAGAAUGGACGAGAUCAUGGACAUGAUCGUGGCUCAUUUGGAUGAGGCCAUGGUCGUGGACGUGGAUCUUCGUUUAAGCCUCAACACUCGACCAAAUCAAAUGAACGAGAACAAGGAUGUACUCGUUGUGGACAGUGGCUCAAGCCACACGAUUCUUAAAGAUAAGAGAUACUUCAUAAAUCUAACUCUUAAAAACGCCAACAUCUCAACCAUUGCGGGUAUUGCCAGCCUCAUAGAGGGGCACGGCCAGAUGCCUUGUUGUAUUCACCCAACUCUAUGA